AGACGCGCGUGUGAUCGUGCUUGACUCGCCGCUUCAUUCGCUGUGCACAUGCGCUGGUGCUCCGCUGCUUUUCGUCUGCAUGCCUGCGCUGCCGUGGACUGCACUGUAAUACGUCUUGGAUGACUGAUUGAGUGAGUGCGCGACGGACGAGGGCGCGAGACACAGCGGCAGGGAGCAGCGGCUACGCGAGAGCCAGAGAAUAUGGCACCAGCUGACGGGCGACUCGUCUCCAUCUCUCAUUCGCCGCAAGCAAGACCCCGUGAAGCGCUGCAGACGGAGCUGGAUGAGGCCAUCAUCCGGGCUGCGGGCUCUCACCGACGAGCCUAUGCCCUUACCGUCGUCCAUGUCUCGCGCAGCGAUCAUUCACGGGUGCAGUCGUCCAUCUUGACGUCGUCCAUCGUCUCCCAGACGGGGCUUGGAGCCCUCGACCGACUGCCCGUGGAGCUGCUGCUACAGGCCCUGCGACACAUGGACAUGCAGACGCUCUUCAGCCUGCGCCAGGUCAACCUCCGGGCCCGUCAGAUGGUCGACUCGCUCAAGGAGUACCGUGCCGUCGUGUCUUACGGCCUGACGGCGUACUGCGCGCUGCUGCGGAUGAGGCUCGCCGCUCACGUCACGCUGCUGGGCUUUUACAGACUGCUGUGCUCCCAGGACUGUGCCUUUUGCGGCAAGUUUGGGGGUUUCGUCUUCCUGCCCUUGUGGAUACGCUGCUGCUUCGAGUGCAUCGAGGAGGAUCCCGAAACGAGGAUGGUGACGGUCGCCGAGGUCCGGAGGCUGUUCCGGCUGUCGCGCGCGGAAGUCGGGCGGCAGCGGGCGUGCCUGACGAUGCCGGGUAUCUACACCACGGGGCUGUACUCGGCGGACAAGUCCUACCAGAGAGCGCGGCUCAAGCUGGUGCCGUACUUUCCAGCCAUGAAGGAAUUUGGCGACCGUCUGGAGACGGGAGUGCCUCGCUCGCGGCAUCAGCCCUUUUGGGACCCGGUUCACAACUUCAUGGCGUCGUGCGAGCUUCCCUACUAUGAUCCGCAGACCCAGACUGUUGAUUACGGGAUAUCAUGUGUUGGCUGCGAGGCCCGCGCUGUUGAGGGAAAUCCCGGACAGGCUUCGAGGCCGGCAGUCGCUCCGUGGGACGGGAUCUUUUCGCGAGACAACUUUUUGAAGCAUUUCAAAGGUUGCAGACAGGCGCAGAAGCUGUGGGAGGCCAGCCCGGAGGCUGCUCUUGAAGCCAUUAUCAAGCGGGAUGUUGUACAUGAGUGA